UUGUUUAACUUCUUGCCUCCUUCACUCCACUGAGCGCUUUUGUUGAAGUCCGGCGGAGCUGAUGAGAGUCUUCAGAGCGCUGCAGUGAUUCUCGGCUCACUUUAAGCGAUGUGUAGGAGCUAACUGCGCUGUGCUGCGAGAAAAAGAAAAAGCUUUUCCCUUCAGUUUUUGUUUUUUCGUUUUUCUUACUGAUAAACCCCCCCCCUCUUACUGUGGAUAAGGAAUUGGAAGUGAAGCUGCAUUCCAGCGGGGCUCUGGAUUAUACUUUCCCAAGAAGGACUCUGGGAUCCUGAAAUGACUGGCAAGCAGCUCUAAUGUUUCGUAAACAAGCGCUGGGCUGUUGUCAUCAUGUUGCUCUACAUCGUUUGCUUCCUGCUGGCCUCUGAAGUGGUGUUCUCCACUGACUGCCCAGAGUUAUGUUCCUGCAACUCCCCAAACUCAGUGUUUUGCAUUUACAGGCGGUCCAGCACUGUACCCCGUGUCCCUGUCUCCACCCAGCAUCUAUACAUCUUUCAGAACGAUAUUGAAACCUUGACCCAAGAUGACUUCAAAGACAUUGUCAAGCUGGUGUCACUGGACCUGAGCCAGAAUAAGUUAGCAGAAAUUCCUGACAUGGCUUUUAAGUCGCUGUCGAAAUUGAAGAACUUGGACCUUUCUGCUAACCACAUAACACACAUUUCCAAAGACAGCUUCUCGGGAUUGGUCCAGCUAGAGAGGCUGUAUCUCCAUGGAAACCUCAUUCAGAGCAUUCAUUGGGAAGCUUUUGAAGGUUUAGAGAUGCUGUUGGAGUUGAAGCUGCAAGGAAAUGAGCUCACCUCACUGCCUUUUCUCAAUUUCCCCAGACUACUUCUUUUGGACCUCAGUGACAAUAAACUCCCACCCUUGGAGCAUUCACAUCUUCAUACUCCCCAUCUAGAAGCUCUGAAAUUGUCCUCAUUAGGGCUUCCGUCAUUGGAUGAAAAUCUUGUAGCCUCCCUGAGAAACCUUCAUGAACUUGACUUGUCAAUGAAUCAGUUAAAGGAAGUCCCCCAAGCCCUGAAGCAGGAAUCUCUCAAGGGGCUUACGAAACUAAGCCUGGCUGCUAACCCACUUUUUGAGCUGAGGGUGAGUGACUUUCAGCAACUGGUUGCACUUCAAGAACUGGAUCUAAGUGGAGUUAAUCUCCAGGGAUUUCCUGAAGGUUUCUUUGAAAGCUUCUCAAAGUUGACACAACUGACCGUAGCCGAGAACCCCUUCAACUGUCUCUGUCCACUGGCCUGGUUCCCUGUCUGGCUAAAAGAAAAGGAAGUCAAUUUGAAGCGACCAGAGGAAACCAGAUGCCAUUUCCCUCUCGUUAAUGCUGGGAAGACACUUUCAGCAUUAGAGCACAACGACUUUGGAUGUCCACUAACCACAACAGAAUCUGUUGACUCCCCUGUAGAAAACACUCCUGUUCCCCAAAUCCCUACCACCUCUCCAGAAACCGCCCAUACUAAUGCUAUCCCUCCCCCUCUACCAUCUAGUGAUGAAACGUUUUCCUCCAUAACAGACGACCCAUCCUUCGGAUCAGAUCCUCCAGUGUCUCCUAGCUCUACCGUUGUGGAAAACGAGUUACAUUUCUGCCCACAAAACAUCUGCUUGAAUGGAGGGACUUGCUAUUUUGACCCAAAUGGCCUACUCAACUGUUUGUGUUCUUUGGGAUCAUCUGGAGACUACUGUGAAAUUCCCGAGGUCCCACAGAAAUCUGAAACAGAGGUCUCUGUGGUGACUUCAGCAAUGCCAGAUAAACUAGAUGCGAUCAGCUCACGGGAGGUAACAUCCACAUCAAUACUCCUUGACCUGCACCACUUCAUCGAGACACGGCCUAACAUUCGUGGCAUCAGGCUGACCUAUCGUAACCUUUCAGGCCCUGACCGUCGCCCUCACAUGCUGAGUUUGCCAACAUACUACCCUGUAUACACUUUGCGUGGUUUGAACCCAAACUGUACCUACUUGGUCUGUGUCAGUCCCCUUGGAGAAAAGAUCAUUUAUAAGGGUAACAGCUCUGUAGAACUGGGUCCCUGUACAGAGGCUCGCACUAGUCCUACUAUCUUUGUAGAACAUUUGGUAGAUCCAGACACCCCUAUGACAAAGAAUCUCAUUGCAGCGCUGGCAGUCCUAGCAUUAGUCCUGGUGUUGGUUUUGGUGGCUGGUACAAUCAUCUGUGUACAGAAGAAAAGGCAGGCGAAUUCAGAAAUGGAGCUGGAGCUGGGCUCAACGGAUCCUGAGGCAAUAGACUUGGAGGGUAAAAAGGUUCAUCUAGAGAACGGAGUCAGUGGUACACUACCUCUCAAACAGCCCGAGGCAGAUCGUUGCCAGACCCCACAACUGCCCCCAUUACUGCAACAAAAUGGCAGGAUGGACUAUGAAGCACCCUUGAUGCAAGGACACUGUCCAUCAAAUAACAAUCAAGCAACACUGAAGCCGUCUUAUUUCUAACCCUAAGCAGAGUUUCCGUUGGGACGUUCUGAACCUGCUACGUCUCUCUUAGUCUCAGAUGUCCACUAUUGGAGAUAGGGCACUUACUGUCCUCUGUUGUGCACAUGAUGAAAUAACAUACCAGAUUAUAUAUUUAAGAGACUCAAAACAAUGGGAUUUCAGAUCACAGCAUAUUCAAAAUGUGCUUAACCACUAUGGGACAAUGAAGAAGACGUAAUUGAAAUUCAGUGAACAGGGAGUGGCAGUGGAACAUCUAAUCCAAUCAAUAAAUCAAGUGCAAUCAAUUAGAAGGGUCUUCGUAGUGGACAGUGCCUGCUAGUGACCUACUAUAACUGUGUACUAUUUUUCUUUGCUUAUAAUAAAGAGAAAGACUUUAAUCUUGUUGCUGGAUAUGGGAAUCCUGAAACUGAAAAAAGUGCCUUGAACUGGAGAUGUGCCAGAGGUUUAAAGACAUGAAGAUUUUUGAAUCAUAAAUUUUUAUGUUAAUGGACUUUCAAGUACCUGCAAGGGAUUGAAAAAAAAGUUGCACUGAAAACUACACUUGUUUCUUUUGUGAUGACUGCUACAAAGCGAAGAUUUGGAGAAGCAACAACAAAGUUAUGUUUGGAAACUUUGCAAAUCGUUACAGACCAUAACCGCUGUUCAAAGUCUGGAUUCAAGUGUUGACAUCAUCUGAUGUGAGGACAAAACAAAUCUCGCAAACACAGAUUUGGGAUUCUGCAGUUUCUCCAGAACCACCACAGUUUCCUACAUGGCAGAGCCUUCAGCUUCUCUGGAAUUAAAUUUACUGUGAAAUGGACUUUAUUUGUAUUAUUCUGUGCCGUUACAGAGAGGCUGUUUUACCAGUUGGUUUUCUGCAUUUUUUGUGAAUUUUUACUGUCUUUUUUGUAAAUAGUCAUUUAGUAUUAAUAUUGUUGAGAGAUGAAGCAAUGGUUGUUUCUGCUCAAAGGGCAUAAUGUCAUCAUGUCUCAUCAUGCCAACUUUUCCUCUUUAUCUUUGUUCAGCUCAAGAUAGCUUCACUAAAUUCUAUGUCCAGAAUCGAGAAAAUCAGUUCUGGAAAAACAAAGAGCAGAAAUAUGAUCAUGUUAAGUUUGAAACAGAAAACCUGGACUUCAGUGCAUAAUGCAAUGUACAUCCAGGACAUUAGUGAUGCUAUCAAAAGUUCCCGGCUCAAAUUUAAGUUUAUCAAAAAGAUUUAUAAAGGUAAUUUAUCCAGUGAAGGGGAAGAAAUCAGGAGAAAUAUGGUAACUUUAAAACUUCACAUUAAGUCAAUGUGAGUUUUUAUAAAUGGUGGGUCAAAUUAUUGUAGGGGAGUUACUCAAGUGACUCCCUAUUAGGUUUUCAGCAAACCCCAGUGAAGUAGGUCCUAAAAAAAUGGGCUGUUAAAGCAAAACCAUUACAAGAGGAAAACCUUCAUCACCAUGUAGAGCCGAGCUGAGCCACGCUGAGUAGCCAUUGGUGAACACACCCACACUUUCAGCAGAGAUUAACUUUAUAGUUGUUAUAAGGAGCAUAUCGUGUUUCCAAGUCAAUUAGGCACUAACACAUUCAACUGACAUGUUCCCAUUAAAUAAAUAUUUUUAUUGUAAAGUAACUGUCCUCCUGUGUACACCGAUAGAGCACCAGGUGGCUCUUUAUACACAUUCCUGUUUUAAGAGAGGCUUUUUGUGUCAAAAAGUAACGCUAAAAUUACUUGUUCACUGGAAAAGCAAUGAUUUGUGUUCAUAUUUUCAAUCAUUACCAUAAAGUUUUUUGUUUUUUUUUUGUUUUUUUGCUGCUCAGAAAUCUGACAUUUGGCCUUUAAAAAAGAUGUGUCAUCAUGGUUAUUUUUACUGCUUGUCAUUUUUGUUUACAUCACUUAAAAGUUUCCUAAAUUACAUUUUGGGUAAAGAUAAAUACCAGUCUAAUUCUCACAAGACCUUAUCAAAGCACACCGGUAGCAAUAAAACACAAACUUAAAAAUGCUCAURAACAUCCAAAUUUAAUGCAGAAAGAGAAUUGUAAUUAAUACUAUUAAUAUUUUUCUAUUGAAGAUGUUUAACAUGUGUUUGUUUUCCAUAGCCCCAAAGCCCCGACACAGCAAGAGCAGCUACUGUGAUGUGCAGUGAGACUGUGACAAACGUUGGCUGUUUCUGUCAUUCUUAUUAAUUUAAUUUUCAUGGCGGAAAAAAAAAUUAAUGAGAGCAAUUAUGUGUUUUUAAAGCGAUGUCAUUGUGAAAACGUUAAAGAGUCGCGUUGUGAUUUUGGAUACAUAUAGAAGGUUUUUUAUUUCAUCCCACGUCACACUGUAUAAACUGUAUGUGAAGAAACAUCAACUCCAUUGGAGUUAAAUUUAUCAAAAACCAUUAUUACUUUUUAAAAAAUGUUGUCUAUUUGUUCAUUUUUCUGUGUCUUUUUAUAUAUAUAUAUAAAUCAAGACCAUCCAUCACCAGCUUUGUCUUCCUGUUCUCUUUUUAAUAGUUUUACAAAAUAUGUAACUGGAAGAUUCUCCAUAUUUCUUUGGCCAGUGAAAAUAGCAGGUUAUGUUUGUAAUAUUUUUUUACACAUGCUUUUUAACACUACCUUCCCAGUUUGUUUAGGGAAACUUGUCUUUGUUUGUUUGUUAGUUUCACUUGUAGCAUUUCUGUAUAUAUUUUACCAAUGCUGAGAACAGAACAGUAUUAAAAUGACUUAUUAUUGUUAU